CAUCUCCAUUAUUAUUCUUAUCUACCAAAAAUUAAUUUUUAUCAAACUUAUCAACCAAAUUCAGACAUUCCAAGCAUCAACGUCCUAGAAAGAAACGGUGGCACAAAAAAGAAGGGGAAAAAAUGCUUAUCCAAUUAUCACAAUUCACAAGUCAUGACCUUUAUAUUCUCUCUUAGAAUUGCAAUAUUUUUUCUAUCCUUCCAAACAUGGUUUUUCCUUGCACUUCUCUCAUGGAACCUUGUAGUUUUUCUUGGGUUUUCAGAGUAUUCUUCUCACUACUCAUUUUCUUUCUUGGUUCUUCUCUUUCUUUAUCUUGGUCAUUGCACCCUUCACUUAUAAACUCCACAGCCAUGCACCAUCAUUACACUGCCAUAUCCGAGUUCCGCUUACUAAAUAGAAGAACGUUGAGGGAGUGCCCCAAUCGAAGCCCUUAUCUCCAAGUGAAUGUUAGUUUGAGUUCCAACCUUUCAGAUGAAGAAUAUGUCAAUGUUACUGUCAAUGGAGCUUUGCUUCCCUCAGAGCAUGAUUGGGUCGCCAUGAUUUCGCCUUCUCAUUCUAAUGUUGAAAAUUGUCCAUUAAAUGAGAUUCUUUAUGCACAAACUGGUGAUCUUAGCUCACUUCCUCUACUCUGCCAUUAUCCUGUUAAGGCAAUGUACAUGAGUAACGAUCCUGACUAUCUCAGUUGCAAGAAGCAGGAAUGCAAGAAAUAUGACAAGGGUAAAUGUGUAGUGAGGACUUGUAGUGGUACGUUAACAUUUCAUGUUAUUAACAUCAGAACCGACAUUGAAUUCCUGUUGUUUGGUGGGGGAUUUGGCACCCCUUGCGUUCUAAGUAGGUCAGGCCCUAUCAGUUUUGCCAAUCCAAAGAAGCCUUUAUAUGGACAUAUCUCAAGUGUAGAUUCAACUGGAACUUCGAUGAGAUUAACAUGGGUGAGUGGGGAUAAGGAACCUCAACAAGUUCAAUAUAAGGAUGGAAAAACAAAGUUAUCAGAAGUAACUACAUUUUCACAAGAUAAUAUGUGUACUUCAGAUUUACCAAGUCCAGCAAAGGACUUUGGGUGGCAUGACCCUGGAUUCAUUCAUUCCGCAGUGAUGACAGAACUCAAACCUUCAAGUACCUUUUGGUACAGAUAUGGAAGUGAUUCAGCUGGUUGGAGUGAACAAAUUCAAUUUCGAACUCCACCUGCUGGAGGAUCCGAUGAACUCAAAUUUGUAGCAUACGGUGAUAUGGGAAAGGCUCCUCGUGAUCCUUCUGUUGAGCACUACAUUCAGCCAGGAUCCCUCUCAGUGAUUAAUGCCAUUGCAGAUGAAGUGAAUUCAAACAACAUAGACUCAGUCUUUCACAUUGGAGAUAUAAGCUAUGCCACGGGCUUUUUAGUAGAAUGGGACUUUUUUCUUCACCAAAUAAGCCAUGUGGCAUCGCGAGUUUCUUACAUGACUGCAAUUGGAAACCAUGAGAGGGAUUACAUAUUCUCAGGAUCUGUGUAUAUUACUCCUGACUCAGGAGGAGAAUGUGGAGUUCCUUAUGAAACUUAUUUUCCCAUGCCAACCCCAGCAAAGGAUAAGCCAUGGUAUUCCAUAGAUCAAGGAAGUAUUCACUUCACUGUGAUUUCUACAGAGCACAAUUGGUCACCAAAUUCUGAGCAGUAUCAAUGGAUGACGAAGGACAUGGCUUCAGUUGAUCGAUCAAGAACCCCUUGGUUGAUUUUCACAGGGCAUAGACCUAUGUAUUCUUCUUUAAAUGCAUUCAUGGGCGUUGAUAAUAAAUUUGUUAAGGAAGUAGAACCAUUACUAUUAGCAAACAAGGUUGAUUUGGCAUUCUUUGGCCACAUUCAUAAUUAUGAGAGAACUUGCUCGAUUUACCAACAAGAAUGCAAGGCCAUGCCUACAAAAGAUAGAAAUGGGAUUGACACAUAUGACCACAGCAAUUAUAGUGCCCCUGUGCAUGCAGUGAUUGGAAUGGCUGGCUUUUCCUUGGAUAAGUUCACAAAUGAUGUACGAGCAAAUAAAUGGAGUUUAUCAAGGAUUUCUGAGUAUGGUUAUCUAAGAGCGCAUGCAACAAAGAAAGAGAUAAAAUUAGAGUUUGUAAAUUCAAAUACAAAGAAAGUUGGGGACAGUUUUCGCAUCAUUAAAAGGUGAAGGUAACUCGAAAAGAGAGGGAGACAAGGACCUCCUCCCUCCACCAUGGAUCGUUGGAUGAUUUCUUUUUAUAGUUAUUUACAAAUGUCACUUGAUUUAUUUUGUCCAAAUAUAAUGAUUUGAUGGGUAGAAGGUUUUACAUCAAAAAAUAAAAGAUGUAUAGAAGGUCAAGAGAAAAUAGUAGCGGCUACUCUGUUUUUUUUUUUUUUUUUUUGGCUGAAUAAUAGUAGUCGCCACUUUGAGGAUU